GGGAGGAAACGGAGACCCAAAGAAAGGAAGCAGUUUGACCAAGGACACCCAGGGAGUGGAGGAAUGGGACACAGAAUAGAUACCUGGAGACAGAGAUGGCACUACCUACCAUUCCCUCCUGUUGGCCGGCCCGCAACAGAAUUCUGGAAAGGCAGAUUGUGCGUCAGCGAGAACAAGAAGCCCGAUUUCGGCAACAAUGGGAUGUCAAUAGUCGCUAUUUCAAAGAAUUUGAUGUCUGGAGCUCCAAACAGGCCCAUUGGAGCUCAAGGAUGUGCUAUCAGCAGAGCAUGCAAGCAUACGAACAGCAGAAGCUGAAGGAGGAAAAGAAAAGGAGUUUGGCAGAACGAAGAAAACGUCUCUGUAAACUCCUGGCAGAGGAGAGGACUCAGCUCACCAAAGAACUGAAAGAAAAGAGAUUGAAUGUGGCUCUGAGAGAGUGUGAAAUGAGAGAGAGAAGCGAGAAACUGAAGUCAGCAAGAGAACAAGAAAGGAAAACGGUUGCUGAACAACUUCUAUAUGAACACUGGAAGAAGACUAACCCCCGAUUUCGAGAGAUUGAAUCAGCUCUUCAUAGGAAACAUGUGGUCAACUCCUGGGAAUCUCAGUUGUCAGAAAGAAAACAGCAAGAGACUGCUGAGAAAGAAGAAAAAAUACGCUUUGAAAACCAGUAUGAACUUGCCAGAAGGUUAGCCCUCGAACGGAUAAAACGUGAAGAGGAGGAGAAACGCCUGGAGGACAAGCAGCAGGCAGAGGCUUUGCUCCGACAGAUGGAAGAGCUGAAGCUCAAGGAGAUGGAGGCAACGAAGCUGAAGAAAGAGCAAGAGAAUCUUCUGAGGCAGCAGUGGGAGCUCGGCUUACUGGAGGAGGAGAGGAGAAGCAUGGAGGAGUACAGGAAAAAGGCAGAACUGGGGCGCUUUUUGAGACACCAGUACAAUGCGCAGCUGAACCGACGUGCCCAGCAGAUUCAGGAGGAGCUGGAGGCCGACAAGCGCAUCCUGUUGGCCCUUCUGGAGAAGGAGGAUGAGCACCAGCGCCAGGACUCGGCCCGGCGGGAGCAGGCGGCCGCGGAUGCAGCGUGGAUGAAACAGGUCAUCGAGGACCAGCUGGAGGUGGAGCGAGUGCGGGAGGCAGAGCUGCAGCUGUUGUACAGGGAAGAAGCCAAGCAGAUGUGGGAAAAGAGAGAAGCCGAGUGGGAGAAGGAGCGGCAGGCUCGAGACCGCCUGAUGAAAGAGGUUCUUACCGAGAGACAGCAUCAGCUCCAAGAAAAGAUUGAGUUGAACCGGCGUGCACAAGAGGAAGCCUUGAAGUACAGGGAGCAGCUGAUCCGAGGCCUGGAGGAGGCGAGGGAAGAGACCCGCAGAGCGAGAGCAGAAGAGGCCGAGCUGAAAACGUCUCGAAAGCAGGAGCUGGAGGCCCAGAUUGCAGAGCGCCACCUCCAGGACCGGGAAGAAUACGUGAAGCAAAGAAAGGAGGAAGAAGAGACGAGACUCGCGGACCAGUUGUCAGAGGAACUCGUGGAGCAGGAGGCACGCCUGAUGAGCGAGCGCGGUUUUCAGUCCAAGCCGUAUGGUCACCCCAAAGUUGCCUGGAAUUGAACCUGGAUACCCAGCGAGCACUAGGACUGCGGUGCUGAGGUGUAGGUGUUGCUAACAGACCUGACCAGGUAUUCUGGGGAUUAAAAAUAAACAUUAUAUUAUGCUCACCAUUCAGACAGGGUCGCUGUCAUGUUGGUCAGAGUGAAGCGAAUGGUAGAGGGCUGAGCCCGCCCGCCAGGGGCCGGGGACCUGUGCAGACCUUUUGCUUGUGAAAAUGGAAUGGAAUAUAGGUAAACGUUUAGAAUAUUUUCAGAUGAUUUUCUAAGGAAACUAACAUUAUUUAUAAACAGCAGAAAGUUCUUAGUUAUUACGUGUUGAGAGUUUGACUCUUCAGGAAGACUUUCCACAUAAAUUCUAAGAUGUGACACACAAGACAGAAUGUGUCUUCCAUUGGCUCACACUCCACUCCAAACUCCCCACCCUUACCCCCUGACCCCCAGUUACUAGUAAAUGUAAUGUUUAGUGAUGUGGUCAAUGUUUUGUUAAAAUAUAAUUGAGGCCGUUUAUUUAUUAGAGGUGUUUUUCAAUAAAUUUUU